ACAACAGCAUCACAGUUUUCAAACAUCAUCUGUGUUGCCUACGCUUCGACAUUUGCAUCCACAACAUUUGUUGUUCAAUGUUUAUUAGCUGCAGUUGCUAAUGCACACGUCCCAUCUCCAUUGCCAUUGCUGUCUAUGACCAGAGGAAAACUAAAGAGUCCCCCCAAAUUGUACAAAGACAAAGCCUCUAGUGGCCUGGCGGUGAAUUGCACAGCAACGCUAUCCCUUGACGCAGAACUUCGAAUGCUCCAUGCCGACGUAGGGUCCAUGCCAAGGGCUGCAGUGGGUCCUGGUCUUUGUUCUAACAGAUCCAGCCCAGACAGUUCAACCAAUGAGGUUUCUGCUAAAACAAGCAGUACCUGAUUGCAAUCAACUGAUUACACUUGUAAGACACCAGAUUGUUGAAAAGGUAUUCAUCUCGUUUGGUUGGAGUUAGAGCUGAAACGAAUACUCCAGUUUAAAAAUUGAUCAGAGUAAUUUUAUUCACCUCGAGGAACCGUUUAAUUUUGCCGGCUCGAAGCAUCACGUUUCGCCCGGACUACUUUUAAUGCGGGACAACGCGCCCGCAUGAUGCUAAGCUGGUAGCGUCUGAUGCGUCUCAUACAGUGCUGGCCAAAAGUAUUAACAGUAUUGAAGUUGACCUGUGGAACCUUGGCCAGUUUAAACUAGGGAUGUCCCGAUCCAGGUUUUUGCAGUUCCGAUCCGAUACCGAUAUUGUUUUGCACUACCGAUACGGACCGAUACCGGCCUAUCUGAGCAUGUGUUAAAGUUAUUUAGCCUCCUUACUUUGUUGUCAGACUCAUGUUGAAAAAGGUUUUAGUACUCUUGAUAACAACUAGCCAGGUGAAUUUGAAUAACACACAACGGUUGGUAACAAGAAACUGACCUGUUUAUUCAGUGACAAACACAAAACGUUAUAAAUAACAAACAGAAAUGGCAUAGUCAGUCAGUAUAAACUGUCUUAAAAAAGCAAAACAUACCAAACAAAUCCCCCAACCUAUUAGAUGCUUUUAAUGUUUCGUGCAUUAGUUACAAAAAUUGUAUAAAAAGCCUCUCAGGUUUAAAUAAAUGACUAUUUCAGUAUCAAGUUAAACUUUUAAAACAGUAAAUAAAAUAUUCAAGUCCCCAUUCUGUAUCAGCAGCUUUAAACUACAUUCAAUUCAUUUAAUUUUGCGAAUCAACUGUUAAAGUUGUUAAAAUUGCUCCCGUUAUUCCAUAAUUUCCCUUCUGUCUACUUUUGACAUGUGAAAGUUUUAAAACGGUUUUGAAGAUAGAUUCAAGUCAUGAUUUUGCCGAUUUAGGAGUAUUUUAGAUAAAAAGUUAAUUAGGUUCGCUUGGAAGGUUCACAACAGCCUACUAGGGAAGUCUCCUGCUUUAAGAUGGCGGCCGUUUACUAACGCAACGAGUUUUCCAUACUUCAAUGUUGCUAACGCCGUCGCUGCCAAAAUUCUCUCUACUCAUUUUACGGUGCCUGUUAGCUCUAGAUAUAGGUAAAACGGCACCACUAUUGAUUAAACGCGACCAGUGUUGUUAAUAACGGCGUUACAAUAUAACGGCGUUACUAACGGCGUUAUUUUUUUCAGUAGUGGGUAAUCUAAUUAAUUACUUUUCUCAUCUUGGCAACGCCGUUCCCGUUACUGAGGACGGAAAGGCAUGCGUUACUAUGCGUUACUAUAUUGGUCGAAAAAUCUGAGGGAGACGGACUCACCGAGACGACAGAGCAGAGCAGGAGUGGGGAGGAGGCUAGAAAGUUGUGACGCCGAGCAAACGCGAUGCUAGGUAGCUCCAAUAAUACAUGUUGUAGCCGAUAGCCUACAAACUACGCCCGCAUGUUAUGGUAGAUAUGGUAGACAUGGUAGAUAUCACAUGUACUGUAUAUAGAUAUAACUAGAUGCAAAAUGACAGACAUGGCACUAAAAGCAGUACUUUUUAGGACGGCUCUGUUGUAGAGAACCUUCCUAGCGAACCCAAGUAACUUUUUAUCUAAAAUACUUCUAAAUCGGCAAAAUCUUGACUUGAAUCUAUCUUUAAAUGAUGAAACAGUUUUAAAACUUUCAUAUGUCGAAAGUAGAGAGAAGGGAACUAAUGCAAUAAUGGGAGCAAUUUUAACAACUUUUAACAGUUGAUUCAGGGUAAAGGGUAAGUUAGGGUAAAGAAUUGGGCUCGGGCCAAUUUUACCAAAUACCUUCACAAAAAACUUCACAUAAUGUGGCCAAUGUUUUUUUUGUUUGUUUGUUUUUUUGUUUUGUUUUUCUGAGGGAAAAAAAAAAGUAAUUAUCACCAAUUACUUUGCCAAGUAACUAAUUACUCUUACAUUCAGGUAAUUGAGUUACUAACGCAAUUACUUUUUGGGAGAAGUAAUUUGUAACUAUAAUUAAUUACUUUUUUUCAGUAAGAUUAACAACACUGAACGCGACCAUGCGUGAGUGGGUCGUGCAGCACAUGCGUUAAUUGCAUUAAAUAUUAUAACGUGGUUAAUUUUAUAAAAUUAAUUACCGCCGUUUACGCAAUAAAUUUGAUAGCCCUACUUUAAGCCAGAGCUAAAGACUCUGGAUGAAUGUAAGACAUUUUGUCUGUAACAAAUACAAUUAGAAAAUGAUUUAAUUAAAAAAAAGGCAUGUCCGAUAUUUUUUUGGCCGAUUCCGAUACUUUGAAAAUGACGUGAUCGGAUCGGGACAUCUUUAAAAAUAAAUGAAGCUAUUACUACCAAAACAUUUUUAAUUGCAAUCAUUUUCUGGGAGAAAUUGAGCAUUAUCUGACAGAAUUGCAGGGGUGCCAAUACUUUUGGCCUGCACUGUACGCCCACGGCAGGAAAGGAUCCCCACCAGGUUGGGGUACCACCAUGGCGGCACCCGGGUCGAAAACUGAGGCUGCCACAGUGCAGGACCGGAGCCCUGCCCACCAUCCGCCCCAUUAGUUUCAUCUUAGACAAAACAGAAUACAAUAGAAAGCAUUUAUUGUCAUUAUAAAUUGUCAUUAUACAUUUUCAGCAAGCCGGAAAUCUACAUGCCCACUCAUGCCAACCCUUCCGAAUUAGGGUGAUGUACCCCGGCUCGUCUUUGCGGAAAUUGACCUCUGCGGAAUGAGUUCAAAGUUGAUCAAUAAUUUGUCUGGUUCUAGAAGCCCCCCUGGGCUAUCUUGGUCAAGAGGUGGCGCCUCUGCGCUGCCGUCAUGUUCUCGCAGCUCUCCAGCAAGUUGGCUAGGAUCAGCGUCCGCUGAACGCUAGAAGACUUGACCCACAGGCGACCGUUCAUCCCCACCACCAUCUCGCAAGGGAAAAGCUGCUCCAACUCUUGUCGUAAAUCACUCUGAGGGGCCAACAACCUGCGAACGGAGAAGAUCCGCUCGUGAAAAGCGAGGAAAAUUUUGAAAAUCUCAAACCGGCGCCUACUUACCGCCUGACCAAGCCCAGCGAGACUUUGAAGAGAAGACCGCCGGCUCCGAACACUCCCAUCCCGUUGGCUCGUCCCGCGCUGUCCACGCACACUAGCUCCGCCUCCAUGUCCUUGUUGGCUACGAGCAAUUGGGCGAAUAGCAAGUCGCCCACCUGCACGUUCGGUCGGUUCCUCUUGGUGGCGCCUUCGAAGGCCAGGUAAGACAAAGAGGCUUGCUCGCUGGCGCCCACGUCCACUUUGAAGACGUCGCCGGACUUGGACGUCACGAUGCCGAUGACCGUUUCUCCUUUGGCGGCCACGUACUGAAAAGGCAAGGUUGAAAUAUAUUGGACCUCCAUUUCUAUCAAAAGGCAGCCACAAACAAACUACUGAAACUUCCUAGUUAAAAAAGCUCUAAUACCAUUUUGUAAAUAAGCAAUGGCUGCUGUCAAAUAUUGGACGCCUAUUGCCGUCAAUGGCACUGAAUCAUGAUCAUUUAAUACCAGCCGUACUGGUUAAUUGAUGGUAGCUUUGCAUACAAAAGACCACAUAUGUACAGGAAGUAAACCCAAACUGCCCAAAACAACAACAAGAAGUGACUCAAUAUGAACAGGUAGUGAACCUGAAAUACCCUUAAACAAACAGGAAGUUACCAUAUGUGAACCUGAAGUGACCCUAUAUAAAAAGGAAGUGACCCAGAAAUGCCCCCAAAUCAACAGGAAGAGACCCAAUAUGAACAGGAAGUGACCCUGUAAUGCCUCAAAAUCAUCAGGAAGUGACCCCGAAAUGCCCCCAAAACAAACAGGAAGUUGUCCAAAGUGAACAGGAAGUGAACCCGAACUGCCCCAAAAUCAACAGGAAGUGACCCAAUGUGCAUAGGACAUGACCCCGAAAUGCCCCCAAACAAACAGGAAGUUACCCAAUGUGAACAGGAAGUGAACCUGAACUGCCCCAAAAUCAAUAUGAAGUGACCCUAUAUGAAGAGGAAGUGACCCAAAAUCAACAGGAAGUGACCCAGAAAUGCCCCCAAAUCAACCGGAAGAGACCCUGUAAUGCCCCCAAAACAAACAGGAAGUUACCCAAAGUGAACAGGAAGUGAACCCAAACUGCCCCAAAAUCAACAGGAAGUGACCCAAUGGGAAUAGGAAGUGACCCUGAAAUGCCCCCCAAACAGGAAGUUACCCAAAGUGAAUAGGAAGUGAACCUGAACUACCCCAAAAUCAACAGGAAGUGACCCAAUGUGAAUAGCAAGUGACCCGAAAUGCCCCCAAACAGGAAGAUACCCAAUGUGAACAGGAAGUGAACCUGAACUGCCCCAAAAUCAAUAGGAAGUGACCCUAUAUGAACAAGGAGUGACCCAAAAUCAACAGGAAGUGACCCAGAAAUGUCCCUAAAUCAACAGGAAGAGACACGUUAUGAACAGGAAGUGACCCUGUAAUGCCUCAAAAUCAACAGGCAGUAACCCUGAAAUGCCCCUAAACAAACAGGAAGUUACCCAAUGUGAACAGGAAGUGACCCUGGAAUGCCUCAAAAUCACCCGGAAGUGACCCAAUUUGAACAGGAAAUGACCCAGAAAUAACCCUAAAUCAAUAGGAAGUGACCCAAUAUGAACAGGAAGUGACCCCAAAAUGCCCCCAAAUCAACAGGAAGACGCCCUAUAAGAACAGAAAGUGACCCAAAACCAAGAGGAAGUGACCCUAGAAUGCCUCAAAAUCAACCGGAAGUGACCCUGAAAUGCCCCAAAUCAACAGGAACUGACCAAAUGUCUACAGGAAGUGAAUCCAAGCCCCCCCCCCCAUCAACAUGAGAUAUGACAUGAACAGGAAGUGACCCUGUAAUGCCUCAAAGUGAACCCAAAAUCCCCCCCCAAGUCAACAGGAAGUGACCCUGAAAUGCCUCAAAAUCAACAGGAAGUGACCCGAUACACCAACCGUCACAGCAAAGCUACCGCUGUCCAUUACAACGGCUGUUAGUAGAAACCCCUUUAUUUUCGAACGUAAGGAAUCUGUCGCCUUAUGAUGACAUCAUGCAACCGUGUUGACAACUGAACAAUAACAUUUGCAAAUGGUGUAAAGAAUAAAUAUAUUUUUUAAAUAGCGUUUGAGACGAGCGUAGCUUGUCACCCUUUUCUGCUGAGCUUCAAUCCAGAACAUGUUAGGUUCUUUGUGUCGCAAAAGUCCGCUUUUAUAGACCACCAGGCAGUCGCCGCUACGCCGGAGUCCGGGUCCGCAAACCACUUUGUUCGGCUUCGAAGGAGCCGUUAAGGAGAUGGUGUCGCCGGUGGCGACGGGAUCCAAUGCGAACUCAUCUCCCGGCAACAGAACCGAGCCAACUUUGCUUUUUAACCGGGACAACAUGUCCACUUUGCCUUCCGCUAGCUCACUCACAUGUGCUAGCUACUAGGUUCUCGGGGUUUAGUUUCUUAGAUAUCCUAUAUACAAAGCUAGAUGAAUGGCGAGUGCGGUGAGCCAAUCAGAACGGUCGUCACUUGUUGGCCAUUUUGCCUCAGUGCAAUUCAAUAAUGACAAUAUCAUCAUUGGAGCGUGUACUUUGAAGAUUGAGCAAUUUAUAGCGAUUUCAAACGGCUUGUUUUUUUUCAUAUUUUUUUGUAGUUUAGACGCGCAACAUCAGUCACCUUACGUGUGCUGCAGUCAAGUUCACCGACGCAAGAUGGCCGUUGUGGUAGUGGUUAUGUACUGGCAGAAAUACGCUCCUCCGAAUGGCUCAAGGUGUUCUUUCCCUUUAAAAAGCAGAAUCGCGCCGAUGACGUCUCGUCAGUGACGUCACACGCACAUGAGGCUAACAUGGCGGGGACGCUAGGCAGAAGCUUCAUUGAAAUCUGCGCCUUUGAGCAGGAAGCCCUUCACAGGGUCCGGGAAGUCCAAAUAAACCUCGCUUCAGCGGUCGCUCCUGGAGCCGUCAAGUUUGCCGAUGCUGCCGGAGUCUUCCACUACGAUGGCGGUGACGCGCGUUCGCUGGCUUCUGACAGAUUUAUUUCAUGGAGCACAUCAGGCGAUACGGUGCAACUGGCGGAGCAGUCGUUGGACGCCGACCUGCUCAACAAUGCCGUCCGGCUGCGCUUUGCCCACUGCCAGGUGCUGCCGGGGGGCGUGGCCGUGGCCGAGACCCCCGAUGAGGUGGUGUUGCUGAUCGCCACCAACCAAAGCGUUCACAGGGUGCCGCUGCCGCACCCCAAACCCUCGUACCGCGGGGACUUGAUGAUCGAGCUUCACACGUCUGUGUUGACAGAUGUUAGCAAGCUUCACUUGGAGGACCCGCGCAAUGCCGCCGCCGCCCCGUCGGCGCUUCUUCCCCUGGGCGGCGGCGCGGGGACCGCCACCGCCUGGCUCACGCAGCGCGGCGACGCCAACUUUGCCUUUGCGGCAGCCGCAGGGGGUGUCGUGGUCCUCACGCUACCCGCGCAAGGUGACUUGUUUGUGUCGGAGCUGAAGAGGAGUUCGGUGAUGCAGCGGUUGUCGGGUUGGAUCCCGAGCGCCAUGCGUGGCGAUCAGAGUCCGCCGGACCGCGCGUCCAGCUUGGCGGCGCUGGAGCUGGAAGACGACUCGCUGGUGUUGGCCGUGUGUCACGACCACAAACUGCGCGCCUGGUCGCUCAAGGACCAAGCAUGCGUGCUAGAGGCGGACGUGCGGGACUACGUGCCGACGUCCCCGAACGUCAAGUGGACGACUGGCGGGGCCCACCGCCUGCGCCUGACUCCCCGCGCCGCGUCCAGCCUUCGCCUGGCCGUCUACGUGGCGGCGCCCCGCGGAGGCCAGUUGGUCUUCUUGCGGCUGGUGCCCGCGGGCGAGCGCUUCGACCUGCGCUGCGUCUCGACGCUCUUCUGUCAUCAGGAGACGCUGGUGGACUUUGCGCUCACCUCCAGUGACGUUUGGGCCCUGUGGCUGGACGAGGCUAACGGCACCGUGCUCAAGCAUGCUAACUUUGAAGGGAGAGGAUCUGUUCAGUGGAAUCAGGUGUUUGUUCAACCUCCUCCAGAAGAAGACGUUUACGUCGGUGCGGAUCGAGACCCCCGGGAGACCUACUUGGAGGCCAUCUUCUCUCCGCACGGCUUCGCUGCGGCGGCCAUCGUCAAAGCUCUCCAGAUCUUCAGGCGAGGCCCGGAUGUACUCGCCGAUGUCUCUUGGGACGGACUGAAGAAGGAAGUAGCGUUGGCUGUGGAGAACCAGCUCCAGAACAGCGUGACGGAAUUUGAGUUCACCCAGGAGGAAUAUCGCCGUCUUCAAGUGGAGUUCUGGUCCAAGUUGUACGCCUGCUGCCUCCAGUACCAGGAGGUUCUGUCGGCGCCGCUCGCCGUCAGCGUCAGUCCUCACAGUCGCAUGGCGUGCCUGCUCAAAAAGGGUUCGCUUUCCUUCCUGCUGCCUUGUUUUGCCGUGGACCAGCUCUACCUGUCCCCGGACGGCGACUUCCCGUCCGAGGACGAGACGCCGCUCGCCGAAGGUAAACGCCGAGCCGGCCGACGAACGGAGGAGCGGGUCGUGACGUUUGGCCCGCGUUCAGAAUGGUCGGCGGCGGCCUCGCUGAUGUCCUGCUUGCGCCUGCUGAGGGAGGCCGCCGCCCCGGAGACGACCGCCGAGGUGGAGAAAGCGCUGGAACGCGCCGAGUCGCCCGAGAGGAGCGCCGACAUGGUCUUGGACGGAAUGCUAGCGGGGGACACUAAGACGGCGAGGGAGGACAUCCAGAACAAACUGCGGGACUUUCGCAACUUGACGCCGGCCCUCUCGCUCCUGCUCAGGGAGUUGGACCUGGAGACCGACUGGGACUUGGAGGAAGGGCCGCUCUCGGCAGACGAAAGCGCGGGUGCGAGCGCAUCCCCGUUGUAUGCGGGCGCCGGCGCCGUGCGCGCAUUGUGCGGAGCAUUGAGCCGCGUCAGCGCCGUGCGAGCGCGCCUCUGCGGGGACCUACUCCUCCUCCUCAAGCUCUGCCUGCGCCUCGGCGACCACGUGUUGCCGGACGGAGGCUCUCAGCUGAUGCAGAUCGAACAGGAAUUCCUCCCGCGCACGUCUCAGCUCUUGUCGUGCUACUUCCUGCUCAAGCGCGCGGGGCGGAGUGUCUGCAUCAGAGACGGCGGCGGCGGAGAUAGCAACCUGCCACACCUGGACGCCUUGCGCCUCAGCGACAGUCCCGCGCUCGCCAACUUCAGCACAGCGUUAAGGGGCGAGUCUACGGUGGAGCUGUUCUACCGGAGUUUCGCCCGCCAGCUGAUCCUGCGCCAGACGUUCUGGCACAACACGUCCGGCGCCAUCAACUGGAGCGACGCGGCGGCCGACGUGGUCCGGCUGCUGGCUCAGCUUCUCUGGCCCGCCACUCCCAGCUUCCGUUUCCCCGAAUGGCUCUUGGCCAACCGGCAGUACGCGCAGUUGCAGGACUACGCACGUCUGACGAGUCGCUGGUGUCAGGUCAACGUUGGGUCCUGUCGUUUCAUGUUAGCUCAAUGCUACUUGGCUAGCGGCGACGCUCACAAGGCCUGCCGGUGCUUCGUGGAAGCGGCCGGCGUUGCGGAGAAGGAAGACUUCCUGCUGAGAUUGACCGCCGGUGGCGGUGACGCCGGCUCGCCCAAGCUCUGUUACUACAACAAGGUGCUGCGUCUGCUGGAGGUUGCCGGUCUACCGGAGCCGGUGAUUCAAUUGGCCACGUCGGCGCUGACCGAGGCCGUCGACGACGUUGGCGCUCAGGCGGCUUUGUGGACCCGCAUCUUCAAGCACCAUUUGGACCUGGGACACAACUCCGACGCUUACGUGGCCAUGAUCCAGAAUCCAGACUCCGGCAUGCAGCUGGAUUGUCUCCGUCAGCUGGUGGUGGUUCUGUGCGAACGGGGCCAGACGAAGGACCUGGUCCGCUUACCCUACGUGGACCUGCACGACGAGGUGGUGUCCAUCAUCGAGUCCAGAGCGCGAAGCAUGGACCUUCUGGCGCACAACUACUACGAGCUACUCUAUUGCUUCCAUGUCAACAGACACAACUACAGGAAAGCGGGCGCGGCCAUGUUGGAGCUGGGGGUGCGUUUGGGUCGCGAGGUGGGAUCUGUGCUCUGCCUGAAGAAGCAAGUCAACUGCUUCCUGGCCGCCAUUAACUGUCUGCGCCUUAUCCGGCCGGAGUACGCAUGGAUGGUUCUGCCCGUCCCCGAGUCCGAGCGGCCAGGCGCUUCUCCCAAAAGGAACUCGGACGGAGACUUUGUGGCCCCGCCAGUCAAGCGUCAGGUGAAGAUUUUGGAGCUACGCGACCUGGAGCAGGAACUGGCCCUGGCCACGUGUCGCCUCACUCUGGCGCAGCAUCAGCCGCAGGCCGCCGCCGUCGCGGGCGGCGCCGGUCCGCGCCAGCUCUCGCACCUGCUGCUGGACGCCGGCCUGUUCACGUGCGCUCUUCGGCUGUGCGGCGUCUUCGAGUUGCCGCCGGACCCUCUUUUGGACGCUCUGACCUUCAGGUGCGUCAAGCUGCAACUGGGCGGCGAGGAGGCUCAGAACGAAGCCUGGCAGUGGCUGGCGGCCAAUCGGUUGCCGUCCGCCGUCAACACCAAGGAGUCCAGUGCCACGGAUGAAGCGUGGCGGCUCCUGUCGUGGUUCCUUUCCCGCUUCCCGACGUCCAACGGCCUUCAUCUGCGACGUGUCUUGCACAAGCUGUUGUCGCACGGCGUGCCGCCGCCCGAUUGGCUGCUCCAGUCCUACAAGGAAGCGGACACGCCGGGUUUGCUUCGGCUCUACUUGAACUUUGACCUCCUGGACUCGGCCGGCGAGCUGCUGAUGGAGUACCUGGACGGCCUUAUGGGGCACGGCCACCAAUACUUUGGCAUCAAGGCGCCGCUGUCAGCACGCAACCCGGCCGUGUGGUUGCCGUACACCUCUGUGGAUCAGCUGAUGGCGACGCUGGACGGUUCGCAGAGCCACCGGGACCUUUACGGCAAACUCCGGGACAAACUGGCCGACUACCACAAGGUGGUGGAGCACGCCAGCGCCGUGAGACUGGCCAGUCGCUGAAACUUUCACAUGUAAAUAAAUGCAAGUUUUUGUUAAAAAAUAAACCCAUUUGUGUAAAGUGGGGCUGCAUUUUUUAAAUAUUUUCUUGUUGGAGUUCGAAUUAGAAUAAAACAUUUAGAUGGAAAAUGGUGCUGCGUUUUACGUGUUGUUGAAAGGCAGUUGAACCCUUAUAGCCAAAUGUGAGACAUGAUACUUAGAAUCUCAUGAUUUAGAUAUUUCUUUCUCAAAAAAAUAGAGGCAAGUCAGCACAUUUUUGACUUUUUUUUUCCUCCUGAACUUUUUUAGACGAAUAAGUUUUUAUGCCCUUUAUUGUUUUUCAACAAAACAAUGUUUAUGUUGGAAUUUUUUUUGUCAAGUCUUAAGCGGCUGAUUUUUUUUUUU